AUGCCUUUAUGGUAUUAUGAUAAAAAAGAAAUAAAAUCUACACCAUCUAUACAAGAUGGUGUUGAUCAAGAAACUGAACAACGUUAUCGACGCGAAGGUUGUCGUUUCAUUCUUGAUCUUGGUAUUCGACUUGGCUUACGAUCAGAAACAAUGGGUACGGGAGCCGUAUUUUUUCAUCGAUUUUAUAUGUUUCAUUCAUUCAAACAAUAUCCACGAUACGCAAUGGCAACAUGUUGUUUAUUUCUAUCCGGUAAAGUUGAAGAAACACCAAAAAAAAUUCGUGAUAUUAUGAAAACAGCACGCCAAAUACUUGAAGGACCUCGUGAACGUUAUAUUCCAACAUUAGGCGAUGAAAAAGGAGAUUUAAUCUUACAAUAUGAACGCAUUUUAUUACCGACUGUUAAAUUUGACUUUUGUAUCGCAAGUCCGUAUUCGUUUCUUAAACAAUACGCAAAGACAAUUGUCGGCGAUAAAGAACAAAUACGGCAAAUGUUUCAAAUGGCUUGGACAUUUGUUAACGAUAGUUAUUGUACAACAUUAUGUCUACAAUGGGAGCCAGAAAUUAUUGCAAUAGCUGUGUUAUAUCUUGCUUGUAAAUUAUCAAAAUUUGAAAUAACAGAUUGGACGACAAAAAAAGAAAAUAGUAAACAGAAAUGGUGGGAACAAUUUGUUGACGGCUUAACAAAAGACAUUAUUGAAGAUAUUUGCCAUCAACAUUUGGAUCUUUACUCAAAAAAUAGUUUAGCAGCUGCAGCAGCAGGCAAUGGUACGAUGAUGAAUCCAUCAGUGAUGCUUACACCAACCCAAACAAAUUCUACUGUAACAUCACCUAUACAACCUAUUGCUAUUGAAUCACCGUCGACAGCACGAUCUAUUCCAUCGACUAAACGAGCACGAGUUGAUGAUGAAUCCAAUUAUCGAUCUUCACGAAAUAAUCAUCAUCAUCAUCAUUCAUCAAGUGUAGGCGGUACUCAAGCAAAUCCUUCUGGUUCAUCUUCAACAUCUUAUCAUCAUUCAUUGUCACAUGAUGAAUCAUCUCGACGAUCAUUAACUGCACCGCCUCCACCACCACCACCGCCGCCGCCACCUCCUCCUCCACCGCCACUUCCACCUCCUCAAUCGGCUGUCGUGCCACCGCCGUCUCAUCAAAACUUUUACAUGAGACCGCCGAUGCCGCCACCAAUGCCUCCUAUGCCACCAGCUAUGUUUGCACAAUCACUUCGCGGUCAAAUACCAUCCAGUAAUCCAUGGCCACCACCACCACCUCUACCGCCAAUGUAG